CGCGCGUUUGCAUUAGUUAGCAAAGCGGUGGCUCCUCCGGCCUCGGGACGCCAUUAUGCUGCCUCACCCGGGCGGCCGGGGCAGGAGGCGGAGCCGGCGCCGGAUUCCUCCCCUCGGCCCCUCGCCGCCGCCUCUUCCUCCCGGCUCUCUCCCAGUCUCUGCCCGGCUCUUGCUCUCGACGCUCUUCGGCGGGAAACGCCGCUUGCUGAUCAGCCGGGGAAGCGGCCCUCGCCGCUGGGCGGAGUGUGUCCUGUUUGUCAAGAUGGCCGUGCCUUUUGUGGAAGACUGGGACUUAGUACAGACCCUUGGGGAAGGCGCUUAUGGAGAAGUUCAGUUGGCUGUCAACAGACGCACAGAAGAAGCGGUGGCAGUGAAGAUUGUUGACAUGAAAUGCGCUAUCGAGUGCCCAGAUCAGAUUAAGAAGGAGAUCUGCAUUAACAAAAUGUUAAAUCACGAGAACAUUGUCAAGUUUUACGGACAUCGGCGAGAAGGCACUAUUCAGUAUCUGUUCCUAGAGUACUGCAGCGGGGGAGAACUCUUUGACCGAAUAGAGCCAGAUGUAGGAAUGCCUGAGGCAGAAGCACAGAAGUUUUUCCACCAGCUUAUAGCUGGAGUCGUCUACCUUCACAGUAUAGGAGUAACACAUCGGGAUAUUAAGCCUGAGAAUCUUCUGCUAAAUGGAAUGGAUAAUCUCAAAAUCUCUGACUUUGGACUAGCAACUGUGUUUAAGUACAAUGGCCGUGAGCGAUUGUUGAACAAGAUGUGUGGCACGCUCCCGUACAUCGCGCCAGAAGUCCUUAAAAGAAAAGAAUUCCAUGCCGAGCCAGUUGAUGUUUGGUCAUGUGGAAUCGUACUCACUGCCAUGUUGGCUGGAGAACUGCCAUGGGACCAGCCUGUUGACACAUGUCAAGAAUACUGUGAUUGGAAAGAAAAGAAAACAUAUUUGUCACCAUGGAAGAAGAUAGACUCGUUGCCACUAGCUUUACUCCUCAAACUAUUAACUGAGGACCCCUCAUCAAGGCUUACUAUUGAAGACCUAAAAAAGGACAGGUGGUACACAAAAGCUUUAAAGAAAGGCAUCAAGCGGCCUCGAGUCUCAUCGGGGGGACUAUCUGAUUCCCCAGGGUGUUUUUCUAAGCACAUCCGAUCCGAUACGGACUUCUCUCCAGUGAAAAGUGCACGCAGUGAGGAGAAAAAGACCUGCUCCAAUUCUCAACCGGAACCUGGCACUGGGCUUUCUUUGUGGGAUAGCGGUCCAGCUGGCAUCGAUAAGCUUGUGCAAGGCAUCAGCUUCUCCCAGCCAGCUUGCCCUGAACACAUGCUUCUCAAUAGCCAACUGCUUGGCACUCCCAGUUCUUCCCAGAAUUCAUGGCAGCGCUUAGUGAAGAGAAUGACCCGUUUCUUUUUGAAGCUGGACGCUGACCAGUCUUACCACGUAUUGAAGGAGGUUUGCGAAAAAAUGGGCUACGUCUGGAAGAAGGGCUGCACAAACCAGGUUACCAUAUCAACCACAGAUAGAAGAAACAACAAACUGAUUUUCAAGGCAAACCUCUUGGAAAUGGAUGACAAAAUACUCGUUGACUUCCGCCUGUCUAAGGGUGACGGCUUGGAGUUCAAGAGGCAUUUCCUGAAGAUCAAAGGGAAGCUGAGUGAUGUCGUCAGCACACAGAAGCUGUGGCUUCCUGUCACAUGAUGACGUUGUGGUUGAGAGUGGCUCUGUUUUGAUUCAGCGGCUUCUGCUAAGGGACAGUCUUGCCUGCCGCACCCCAAACUCCAGUCAUUCAAUGGAAAUCUUUUGUUUAGGUUUUAUGGGGAUAGGCGUUCAAGCUAUCCACAUAUGGUAACAGGCGAUAACUGUUGUGAAGUUGCACAUUUGCAAUGGUUGGCUGGGGUAUCUCACCCUUGAUUACGAUCAUGAAAGUCACGAGUGGCUUAGCUUAGUUCACAUUCUUGACUUAGAAGUGUCUUUUUUUUUGUAGGUCGCUCAAGCUCCUCAUCCAUAUACAUGUGUUUUCCUUCUUUUUUCCCAAAGUAAAAAAAAAUUCAGACUGAGCUUGAAAGUUGCUCCUUUGUAAAGCAUAACAUGAGUGUUAUCAUGCUCCUUCGAUGACUUUGGUUUUAAAAAAAUAACAAAAAACAUAAGUUUAUGUUAUAUAAACAUGAUAAGGGUCGUAGGAAUGUUAGGUCCAGAAUAAGGUCCUUCUCAAAUCACUUGACUCAGUUUAUGAUUAUUUGCUCCUAAAGUCAGGGCUUCUGAAUGAAGCUAUACAGUUGCAGUUCAUUGCUUUUGGUUUCUACUGUCACCCUUGAGAAAACAUAAAGUCCAGUGGUUGUUUUUAGCAUCAGUUCCAAUUUUAAAAUAUUUUUUUCUAUUUUUAGGGUAUAAUUUUCUCCCCUCUAAUCCUUAAUAGGUCUGAUUAGACUGGCUGAGCCUCUAAAGUAUAAGUGGGCAAACCAGGGUGGGCAAAGAUAAUGGGUUUUGUAGUCUAAGAACAUCUUGUGGGGCCAUAGGUGCCCAUCUUUAGUCUAAAUCAGGGUUUCCCAAACUUGGGUCUCCAGCUGUUUUUGGACUACAACUCCCAUCAUCUCUAGCUAGCAAGACCAGUGGUCAGGGAUGAUGGGAACUAUAGUCCAAAACAGCUGGAGGCCCAGGUUUGGGAAACACCGGUCUAAAUGGAAAGAGAUGUAAUGGAUUAACAGACCCCUCACUCUUUUUAUUUCCUUUUGUACUGUUCUGUCUUUCGGGAAGCAAACUUGUUUCUAACUGGUUAAACUUGAAUGUACCAUGCAAACACACUAGAAUGGAGGUGGCCAGAUACUAGGCUGCAGCUGUCAUCCUUCCUGACCUUUGACCAUGCUGGAUGGGGCUGAUGGGAGUUGUAGUCCAGCAAAAUCCGGAGGGCACCAGGUUGGCUACCCCUGCACUAAGAGAGUAAGGGGAUGACACACAAACCUUGUUUCUGACCAUACUUCCUGAUCCAUACUUAAAUCUACAAAACUGUGAAUUUUUAACGUGUCUGUAAAGAAAAUAAAACAAUUUGCAAAAUAAAGAAUGAUCUCGGAUUAAAAGAA